CCCUAGGUAGGUUACCUGGUUUCGAACGCUCCCAUUGGGUCACAGAUAGUCACGUGACCCACUACAACUUCUCUGCUGGCUCGUCUAACGCUGUUCGGGAUACACGCGAAUAACGGUGUCACCGCAGCCGCACGCUUCUCUGACAGUGCUGAGUUGCCUCUUGUAUUGCCGUUGAGUGACUCCGCGAGUAGUGCAAGCGGACGUGCCAUCUAAGCGGAUACUACCGGAUAUCGUCCAUUGGCGCACUUUCUUUUACCGGCUUACUAUGAACGGCACGAACGUGCGGUGGCUGUUAUGGCUGGGGCUAGCGCUGUGCGCCGUCACCGAAGCCAGGAAACCUCUGAGGAAGGUCAGCCUCACAAGCACGACAGGCGCCAACUCCAAAAAGAUUGUCUGCUAUUUCACCAACUGGGCUCAGUAUCGCGUCGGUGACGGAAAAUUCCUGCCAGAGGACAUCGAUACGGAGCUGUGUACGCACAUCAUCUACGCCUUCGGGUGGAUGAAAAAGCACAAGUUAUCCGCAUUCGAUGCUGCUGAUGACACUAAGAACGGCAAGAAGGGCCUGUUCGAGCGCACAGUAGAUCUGAAGAAGAAGAACCCCAAGCUCAAGGUUCUUCUUGCAGUCGGAGGCUGGUCCUUCGGCACGCAACGCUUUAAAGAGAUGGCUGCCAACAGCUACAAUCGUCGACUCUUCAUCUUUAGUGCCAUCAAUUUCCUUCGUCGUCGUAACUUUGACGGACUUGACCUUGACUGGGAGUUCCCUAGGGGUGGAGAUGACAAGAAGAACUUCGUUCAACUUGUCAAAGAACUUCGGGAAGCCUUCGAAGCCGAGGCCAAAGAGAAGAAGCUUCCUCGUCUGUUGCUCACAGCUGCUGUGUCCGCCGGAGCCGAGACCAUCAAGACGGGCUAUGAUGUUCCAGCUGUAGCUGCUUACGUCGACUUCCUCAACGUCAUGUCCUACGACUUCCAUGGGAAAUGGGAUUCUGUUACGGGACACAACAGUCCUCUGUACGCACAGGCUAACGAAACAACUUGGAGGAAACAACUCUGCCUUGAUUUCGGUGUGAAGAUGUGGGAACGAAUGGGUGCUCCGAAGGACAAGCUGGUUGUUGGCACGGGCACCUAUGGCAGGACAUUCACCCUGGCCAACCCCAGCAAGAAUGGCAUGAACGCGCCUUCAGCGGGAGGCGGAGAAGCAGGUCAAUUUACCAAGGAAGCUGGCUUCCUCGCUUAUUAUGAGGUUUGCGACAUGCUGAAGAAUGGAGCCGAAUAUGUAUGGGACGAUGAACAGCUGGUCCCGUACGCCUUCCUCGGUAACCAAUGGGUUGGCUUCGAUGAUGAGCGGAGCAUCAGGACGAAGAUGAACUGGAUCAAGACAAAUGGCUACGCUGGGGCCAUGGUCUGGACGGUUGACAUGGAUGACUUCCGGGGACGGUGCACCUCCAAAAAAUGGCCACUUAUUGGAGCCAUGGCCGAAGAGUUGCUUGGAAAGCCUAGCCGAGGACCAAAGAAUAUCUUACCGAAAGCAAUAAGAACAACGGCUCGUACUACAACUACCCGGUCCCCCGCUGCAAGGAGGAUUGACAAUGAAAAGGAAGAUAUCAAGCCGAAUACAUUAAAUGACGCACCAGAACCAGACACCAACGCCCGAGUGGUUUGUUACUUCACCAACUGGUCGGCGAAGCGUCGUGGUAUGGGUCGCUUCAAGCCUGAAGACAUCGACCCACAGCUCUGUACGCACAUCGUUUAUGCAUUUGCCAACAUCAAGGAGUACAAGCUAGUCGCUACGGAAGAGGUGGACGAGGGAAAGGCUCCUGAAAAAGGUUUCUGGGAAAGGGUUGUGGACCUGAAAACGAAGAACCCAUACUUGAGAGUGUUGCUUGGUGUUGGUGGAUGGAUGGUGGGAUCGGGCCCCUUCCGCGAGCUCACAGAAAAUACCUACAGGCAAUCCCUUUUCGUCUUCAAUACGAUUGAUCUCCUGCGUGAAAAAGGAUUCGACGGAUUGGACGUCGACUGGGAAUUUCCCCGUGGCGCUGAGGACAAGAAGAAGCUUACUGGACUCAUCAAGGAUUUGAGGACGGCUUUCGAUGGCGAAGGAGUUGCCUCGAAGAAACCCAGACUUCUGCUGACCAUGGCUGCACCAGCUAGCUUCGAAGCUAUUUCCGCAGGAUACGACGUCGAAGAGCUUACAAAGUACGUCGAUAUGAUCAAUGUGAUGACAUACGACUUCCACGGGGAUUGGGAGCGACAGGUUGGACACCACAGCCCGCUAUUCCCUCUCUACAGCGCCAGCAACUACCAGAAGAAACUCACAGUGGAUUAUAGCGCUGCCGAAUGGGUCCGCAAGGGUGCUGCGAAGGAGAAGAUCCUCGUAGGUAUACCUACUUACGGCCGUACCUUCACGCUAGGAAACAACAACCUUACUGACAUCGGUGCUCCAGCUACGUCUGGAGGAAAGGCGGGCAACUACACUGGCGAAAAAGGAUUUUUAUCCUUCUUUGAAGUUUGCGAUCUCCUGCGCACGGGAGCCACAUUAGUAUGGGACAACGAACAAAUGGUUCCGUACGCUUACAAAGACGACCAGUGGGUUGGAUUCGACGACCAGAGAAGCCUGAAACUCAAAGUUCAGUGGCUCAAGCAAGCUGGCUAUGGAGGCGUCAUGGUUUGGUCCAUUGACCUUGACGACUUCCGGGGUACGUGUACCGGCCAGUCCUACCCUCUGCUCAGUGCAGUGAGGGAAGAGCUCAAAGGUUACAAGGUGGCCAAUUUGGAAGCAGCUUCUUCGAACGUCCUUACUUCUUAUGGACAACUGAUUGAUCCGGACGAAGUAAUUUGUGACGAAGAAGACGGCCACAUCAGUUACCACCUCGACAAGAAGGAUUGCACCAUGUACUACAUGUGCGAGGGAAAGAGAAGACACCACAUGCCAUGUCCACACAACCUCGUCUUCAAUCUUAACGAAAGCGUCUGUGAUUGGCCAGAGAAUGUGGAGGACUGCAAGCACAUAGGAACCACAAAGUAGACAAACACGGACUUCUGUGAACCAACGAAGGGACUUUGUGCCUUCGGCUGAGAGACGAAUGUGCCUUCGCCAACGCUGAGAAAAUGUUUCUUAUUAGGACUCGUUUAAGACAAUCGCCACGUGGGUCCGCAGUUCAGAUGAUCGACGUAAGUCACGGCUUCUUCAAACGCCGCUUAAUGGAAAACAAAAACGGGACAUGAAGCACUUACAUGUACAUGGGUCACAAUAUCCAACGUUGUUUGCGUGCGUGCUAUAGAACGUUCUAAAACGUCAUAGUCGUAAAAGCGGCGCGUGAGGUAUUUUAUUACAGUAUUUGCGACCAAAAGAAAAGGUCGUGGCUAUUGCUUUCGUUAUUCUUUGACAGAUGUGUCACGCUUUGGGGUCAACCAAAAUUUAAUCGUUUCGCAAAUUACACUUGUAGAGUUUCAACCCGCUGAGGACUACUGUGUUCCUCUCGAAGUGCAAGGGUAUUGGACGUUUUUCUUACGUGAAAUUUAAAUCGCAGCACGUCAAAUUUCUCUUUGAGUACGGCUUGCAGAAUCGUCGCAUCUCAAAUACAGCGGAAAACGGUUCACAAGUAAACGUGGAGCGUGAAGCAUGCCUGCCGCUUGGUGGUCUAUCAUGAUAUCGGCGAUACGCGCAUGUCUCCGUUUUAUCAUCGCGGGUGCCGAAGCCAGGCAGGCUGUGCUAUUGCCGCGACGAUUCUGCACGCUGCACUCUGGGGUUUAUUUAGCGAUUCAGAUUUUUCAGAUAUUUAGGGAUUGAUUUUUAGCAUUAUAUAAACGUUGUACUUUUGUGCGGUUUCUUCGACGCAUGCUAGUUCACUGAUUGCAAAGUCACAUUCAUGUUGAUGUUAAAAAAUAAUAGGGAGAAAAAGUCACACUCAAUAACGGGGCGUGUGGCCGUUUCUAUGUGAAAUAGCAUGCUGGGCUAAGUUAUAAAAGUUGAACUGAUGUAGUAGAUUCACGCCCCCUUGUGUCCUUUUUCCGCCCCCUUUCCCCUUUUCUCCCUCUUACACCACAGCGCGGCGCUUUUGUUACAUUUACAGGGAUUUCAGUUCAGAUCCGUUGAAGUGUAGGCAAUGCUAGUGAUGGAUGGAAAGGCGUCUUCGAAUAUUUCAAAUGCUAUAUGAAGCAUGUUCAGCACGCGACGUAGGGCAUACAUUAUCACGCUAAGAAUGCAGCAAACCAACUCCGGAAAAUAUGAACAAUACAACGUGCGGUUAAUUUAGAACCUAUAAGGAAAAAAAAAAAAACUAUUGGAACAGCAUCAUUGUUCAAAGAGACCUGACAUACAAGCGCAUGUCCUCAAGAACCACCCACGCAAAUGUCAAGCUUCUGAGAUUAAUGAUUUUUCACAUUUAGCCAUCUUACUUUCGAAAUAAUAAUUAGGAGUAUAUUUAUGUGUGGUUACCUCAGCAAAUAAUGUAUGACUUGAAAUUACAAGAUUUUGGCACACAGCCCAAGCUAAGUUGGGCUGUUGUGCACAUUGCGCAGAAUGCGGUCGACGUCAAUGAAGUUUCCUGAAGCCAACGCACUUUCAGUGUACGUUGUGUACUUUCUCGGCUAGAAGACGCAAUGAACGAAAAACAAAUUAACCAGAUGAAACUUGUAGCAUUGAUUAUUUGGUGCACGGAUAACUCAUCCCAACUGUAGCCCACACUUUAGAAAUGACGAUGCUAGAAAGCAUGUAAACAUCAUCAUCAUCACGUUAGAAACGGCGCACGCUUGGUUUAGUGACCGUGAUAAGAUCGGCAAUCCAUUUAGCACAUGACACCAGUAACUCUUGAAGUACCUUGAAGAAUCGUUCGAGAUCCCCGGGUUCACGGGCAGCAAUUUUUAAGCAGUUGGCCAGUAUCUUACAGAUUUUAUGGAAAAAGAGAAGGAUUAACCGAAAUUGACGCCGAACACACUCUUCAGGCGACGUUCAUUUUGGGAGCACGUGCAAGGAAGCGUCUGUUAGUUUGGAAGCAGUUCUAAGACGACAAUUUAUGGCUUUGAAAGUGGAGAGCACGCAAAACUCUCUGUCCUUCUUACAGAUUAUUUUAUUGGAGUUAAUAACAAUGACCGACCUAUUGUUAGCGUUCAUAUAUUCCAAAUGGUCUGAACUGAAGCCUUCCCGAAAGAUGUAGUACAGAGUGACAUUCACCGAGCUGUCGCGACAACUUUUAAGUGUAGACUCUGACGGAACGUGAAACGGCUGGUUAACCAAACGUCCGAACUGUACAAUUCCUCCCUUCACGAAAAUAACACGUUAGCCGCAGUGGGAUUCGCGAAAUCGCCACGGAGACCUACGUUAUCUGUAGCGUCAUACCAAGGACUCGUCCCAGAAAUUCCUUUCUCGUGCAUGCACAAGGCUAGUGAGAGUUGCUUUUCCUUCCGUCGCUCCCGUUGAAUCACUCUGUUGUGAUAUAGCACAACUGUCGUCUUUGCUCAAUAGCUAUUGGCCGUCACUGGGAAGUCCGUUGCGUACUUGACAGGCUGGGUUCUUAGGGGCGCAACGGUCGUGAACCGUAACGGGUGUCAGUACAAAGCAUAGAGACACCGUCGUGUGAUCCAAAUACGGAUAUGGCGCCCUACUGCCUAAGAUCGUCAUCAUAAUCAUCAAGGUGCGGAUGAUGAUGAAUGGGAAGUCGCCACGAAUCGUUGCGCUAUUUCGGUGUAGCAAGUGUCGGUAAAUGGCAACUUCUGAAUGAGCCAUUCCUUGCACAGUGAAGCCCAGGUAUAGUUUAACCCUUACUAUACCUGCAGCGCCAUCCCCCACUUACGCUCAUGGAAAUGUGUGGACGUUGCGAUAUGGCACGAGACGCGACGAUAUAAGCGGGCAACGGAGAGGUGACUUUCCAUUUGAUGGCUCCUUUCUACCACAAUAUCUGUGGACGUAGUGCUUCUAUUCGGUGUCCCGUGUGUGCAUGUUGUUGUGUUUCGCAUAAUGGGAAAUGAUUGUACACAAAUAGCAUUUCUCCUCCACUCACUAUUCCGGUAACAUUGCCGCAGUGUAGAUUUCGCUUUUUCUCUCUUUGUUAUUUAUUAUACCGUUUACUUGUGUUACGUGUUUCUACAAAACCUGUCUACAAGUGUGCCUUGACGAUCAUCUCUGAGUGACGUUCGAAAUAAAGGUGGUAUUGCGAAUA